AUGUACUUUGUGGGGGUCCCGAGGUGCUGCCUGGAGGGGGAGGGCGCCUGCUCCGCAGACGGCCGCGUGGCGUGGCGCUCCUGUCGUCCACUGGCUCGGUCUGCCCAGCAAAUAACCAGCUCUUGUUUCCCUUACAGAGUCAACUGCUCAUUUUAUUUCAAAAUUGGAGCAUGUCGUCAUGGAGACAGAUGCUCUCGGUUGCACAAUAAACCGACCUUUAGCCAGACCAUCUUGAUUCAAAACAUCUAUCGUAACCCCCAAAACAGUGCACAGACGGCUGACGGCUCACACUGCGCCGUCAGUGACGUGGAGAUGCAGGAGCACUACGACGAGUUCUUUGAGGAGGUGUUCACGGAGAUGGAGGAGAAGUACGGCGAGGUGGAGGAGAUGAACGUGUGCGACAACCUCGGGGACCACCUCGUCGGCAACGUGUACGUCAAGUUUCGCCGUGAGGAGGACGCGGAGAAGGCCGUGAUCGACCUGAACAACCGCUGGUUCAACGGGCAGCCGAUCCACGCCGAGCUGUCCCCGGUGACGGACUUCCGGGAGGCGUGCUGCCGCCAGUACGAGAUGGGGUGAGUGGC